ACGCAUGAGGGAGCUCAUUGGUGGAGUCAUGCUGCACGGCGUGCAUUGCUACCUCUUGCUGCGCCUUCCGACUUUCCACUCUCCAUCGCCGCAUUCCCCCAUCACAUCACAACCCUGCCACACCCAGGUGGGACAAGAAGGCGUGUGGAAAGAAGCCGCCCCAGCGCAGCGCAAGCACCUGCUGGACCUUCUGCCGGGCGGCGAGUCGCCUGGGCACGUGCGGGCGGCGGGGGGCGUGUGUGCCGGCCAGCCUGCGAAAGAACGACAGCGCGGUGGUGUAUGCUGCAUGCCAGUGCCAGAAGGUGCUGAAGGGGCGUGUGUGCCGGCCAGUCUGCGCAAGAACGACAGCGCGGUGGUGGAUGCUGAGUGCCAGUGCCAGAAGGGUGCUGCUGCUGCCAUGGCCGACAACCAGUACUGCGUGAAAGGUGUGGGGGCGAGCGUCCCUUCCUCUUCCCCAUUCACCUCGCAUGAGCAAGCCCUGUCCCCCCAACCCCAAGUGUCCCUGGAACAGCAGGAAGUGUCUACCUACCAGAUCCAGCCUGCUGUUUCUCACACCCAAUCUCCUCGCUUUUCUCGUCCCAAACCAUCCACCCCAACACCCCCCCCCACACACACAGUGACAAAUAAGCUGGUGCGCAAGCCGUGUCCAGCCAACCCCAAGUGUCCUCCCAGCAGCAUCUGCCAACCCAACUUCCUCUCCCCUCUGGGUUACCGCUGUGCCUGUGCCAAGGGUUACCGCCCCGUGGCAGAGAAUUACUGGACCGUUACCAAGUGCGUCGCUAUAGAGGUGUAG